AACUUGAGAAAUCCAAGCCAUUGUCCUUUGGGUGUCUAUGUGAUGCCUUCAGAGCAUAAUAUACGUGUAUGGUAUGGUGUUAUAUUUGUACACAAAGGCUUCUAUCGAUCAGGCGCAUUCAAAUUCAAAAUUGAAUUGCCCGAGAAUUACCCCAAUUCACCACCUACAGUCUCUUUUUUAACAGAAAUGUUCCAUCCACUCGUCGAUAUCGAUGGAAGAGUGUCUAUAGCACAACAGUUUCCUGUAUGGCGACCUUAUCAAGACUACACAUAUCAUAUCCUCCACUAUCUAAAAAAUAUGUUCAAGAAAGUUGUCUUGGAUGGAUUGAAUGAUAAGUACUGCUAUAAUAAGGAAGCCUAUAGACUAUAUCGUACUGAAGUAGCAGUAUUUGGUAAGAUGGCUCAACAAUGCGCUCAACUGUCAAUCACAGAAUCAUUUCUUUUUGAGCGUAUGCCUGAAGACAAUCUUAUUCGAUUUUCACCACUCAGUGAUGCGAAAUUUGGUAAAGUGAGAUGUAUUAAGCAUGUCGAUAUUCAUUAUUAUUAUUAUUAUUAUUAUUAUUAUUAUUAUUAUUAUUAUUAG